AUGACCAUGACUACGAUGGCUGACGGUCUGGACGCUCAGGACUCGUCCAAGUCUGCUUUCAUGGAGUUUGGGCAGCAGUCGCAGUCGCAGCAGAGCUCCCCGUCGAUGGCCGGCGGCCACUACCCGCUGCACUGUCUCCACUCCGGCUCCCACGCUCACCACCAGCACGACAACACCCCGUACCCCGGGACCAACACCUACAACAGGUCCCUACCGUACCCGUACGUGAGCCACGCGCACCACAGCCCUUACCUGCCAUCGUAUCCGAACAACACGGGAGGACAGACACGGUUAGACCCAGGUGCAGAGCAGCAGAAGACGACGGUGAUUGAAAAUGGGGAAAUUCGUUUUAACGGGAAAGGCAAGAAGAUCCGCAAACCUCGGACAAUUUAUUCCAGUUUGCAGCUUCAAGCGCUGAACCACCGGUUCCAGCAAACACAGUACCUCGCUUUACCGGAGCGCGCCGAGCUGGCUGCCUCUCUAGGACUCACACAAACCCAGGUAAAGAUCUGGUUCCAGAAUAAGAGGUCAAAGUUCAAGAAGCUGCUCAAGCAAGGCGGCAACCCGCACGAGAACGACCCCAUCCCGGGCUCCAUGUCCCUCUCCCCGCGCUCCCCGACCAUCCCUCCGAUCUGGGACGUCUCGGCCUCUUCCAAAGGCGUCAACAUGCCGGCCAACAGCUACAUGCCCGGCUACUCUCACUGGUAUUCCUCCCCACAUCAAGAUUCAAUGCAGAGAUAG